AUGCAGCCACCACUUGAAUUUCGGCCUCACACUCUGGCUGUAAAUGAUGGCCCUUUGCAAGAUGUCAAGUUCCUGCAUCAAUCAUGCUCGACAGAGCCAAUGGAGACUUUGCGACAGCGCUACGAAGAGGAUGGAUAUAUUUUUCUGAAGGGGUUGCUUCCGCGUGCCGAUGUCCUGAAAGCACGCCACGAGUAUUUCGCCAUGAUGCAACAGACGGGUGUACUGCAAGAAAGUACCGAGCCAGUACAUGGCAUCUUCAACCCGCUCAGAUCACCUGCAGAAUUCCCGGGCAUUGGUGCCGGCGGUGCAGGGAAAAAUGGCAGGCCCGGCGGCGAGAAGGCUGCCCAGUUUGUUGACCUCGCUAUUGAAGCACACUAUCGUGACUGGUAUGCGGAAGAUUUCUGUCGCCAUCCGGCAUUGUUGGAAUUUAUUGCCAGGUUCACUGGCUGGGACACCAAUACCCUGGGUCUUCGAAGAUCGCUACUGCGAAACAACAUCCCAGGAACAAAGCCGAUCGGAGUUCACUAUGACCAGAUCUUCCUUCGCCACGGUGAACCCACGAGCGUCACUGCGUGGGUUCCCAUCGGUGAUAUCAAAUUAUGCGGAGGUGGGUUGAUCUAUCUAGAAAACGGCGAUCCUGUGGGUGUCGCCUGCGAGGAAGAUUUCAAGAAGAAGGCAAAUGCAGCUGGGCUUACCGACGAGGAGGCUAAGGAUGCGUUCAACAGUAACAUGAUGGCAACUGGGCUACUGUCGGAGCUUCCUUUAGAAUUCGCUCGCAUGAACCAACGAUCCUGGUUAGUGGCUGAGUAUGAAGCUGGCGAUGUUGUGUUGCACAAACCACACACGAUUCACGCAUCAACAAUCAACAACGAUCCUGAUCAAGUGAUUCGCUUGGCUACCGAUCUGCGGUUUGUGGACUCUUCAAGGCCUUUUGACAGGGUAUGUUGGACAUGCCAAUGCAUGAUAUGCUCAUACUAA